UCGCUCGUCAUCCCGCUCGCGAUAACGUGCCCCUCCUUCGGCACUUCUGCCUCGCGGACGCCACUCGCCAUCCCCCUUCCCGUGGCCUCCCCCUCCUCUUCCCGCGGCCUCCCCUCCUCUGGCCUCUCCCUCCAUGGCAGGCACCUUCUCUUCCACCUCCUCCCUCACUCGUCGCCCCCUCUACUUGCUAAUCCCCUCCUGCGCGCGUGGACAUGGCCGGACGCGGCCAUGGCGUCGGCGGCGGCGCGGACCUCCUUCCCGGCGCGGAACUUCCCGGCUCAAAUCGCCAUCUUCCCCAUCGGGAUUGAGCUCGACUCGGCCCAAAUCGUUGUCUUCCCCAACGAGAUCGAGCUCCUCCCUGGUGUGGCCAUGGCGGACCUCCCCGGCGGCGCGGCCAUGGCGGACCUCCUCGGCGGCGGCUUCGCGAUGGCACCGCAUCCCCGGUGGCCUUCUUCUCUGCCGGAGGUGUGGGAAGACGGUGGAGACGGACAAGAGCUGCGUGUGUGCCGGCGGGCAGCAUCGUCGGGAGGGGAGCAGGAAAGAGGAUGGAGGCCGGGAGAAGGCUGGAAUGGAGAGUCAAGAUGGAGAAUCUGUUGGUUUACUCAGCUAUUUAGCUAGCUUUUUAUAUUACCUAGCCUUUUACCUCUUCAUUUAGCUAGAAUUUUUAACUAGUCUCUUGGAGUUGCUUUGCCUCCGACACGGCCGCCGCCUUGAACCGAGCCCGACUCCACCCGUCCGUCCACUCCGUCGUCCCCUCCGGCCCCCCUCCUCCUGGAAAGGUCGGAAGACUUCGGGAACAGGAGAUGGAAAUCAAGUUCAAUAAGUUGGAGGAGGAGGAGCGGAGAAUCUUUAGUAAGUGGGGCAAAAAACAUUCUGAAGAGGGUCUUUUGAAGGUUUUACCGCCGGCUAAGUUUGUCAAGUACAUAGGUAUCGAUCUGAUGCCGGACUAUCUGUUUAUUUUCAUCCGCACCGUUUCAUCUUUGCUAGUAUUGCUUUAUUUCUCUUCAUGGGAAUUACGCGAACUGCUAUAUGAUGCCACAGUAUUUUCUUUCCUCAACACACCCGAUUUUUUUCCAGCACCCAAUCUUCAGCCUCUCCAA